AUGAAGGAAAUGUCCUGCUUCUGCAUGACUUUUUCUUCCUUGUGGGAACAGAUGGUAAAGGCUUACAAAUACACGUCUGGUAUUUUUUCAGUGACUCAUACCUCAGAGCUACGAGAUUCAGAUCAUCAUAAGCAGCCAACCAAGAUGGAUGUAAGCUUACUUGAGGAGCAGUAUGACCACAUAAAACAGAAGCAAAAGCUGCAAUCACACAUUAUUGUAUUUAAAACAGGUGAGCAUGAAUCCGUUCUCCCAGAAUCAAUGGUCAACGCUGUUUUAAUUAAUAAAAAAGUUAAAAAUUCAAAGUCAUUUACGGAACGUGUCCCAGUCAGAAAGGUGAGGCUGGAGGUAACCAGCAAUGGCACUGCACACGACAGCUCACCCUGGCGUACUCACCUGGGAAUUCACCGCCUGGCACAAACUCCUUGUAAGAAAGCUCCCUGGGAUCUUUCCAACUGCAGGAAUGAAUCGUUCAGUUUUGACAAUCAGAGACUGAUUUCAAAGGAAAAUGGCACACUGCAACGCAAGGAAUUAGAAGAAGUGAGUGAACUAUCCAUGCUCAGUUCAAGUACGUUGAGCAGUUUCAGCAAAGAGAGUGACAGCACCAUCUCAGGAACUUGCCAAAAGCCUGCUCUAAAGUCAGACACUUCAGCAGUCUGGAUGCAUCACCAUAUUUCCUCUACAAAAUACAUGCCAGCUUGCCACAAGUUAGACUUUUAUCCUUUCCCUAAUAAAAAAGCACCCAGAAUUUCAGAAGCAGCAAGGAGGCUUGGAUUAUAUGUCUCACAGUGA